AUGUCCAACAGCAACCCGCGAACACGCACCGCAGUCCACCAUAGCCGUCAAGUCCUUGGAGAGCAAUGUUUUCCUAAAGACAUGGCCAACCUCCUCGACCUCCCUACGGAGCUUCUCCUCCAGAUCGUCCGGGAUGUGCAGCUCAAGCCCUUGGACCUCUACUCGCUCGCCAUCCUUUCCAGGCGCCUUAACUCCAUUGCCAUGCCCCUCUUCCUCGCCUCCAGGUCCAUCCAUGACGCACAGAAGCAAGUCAUAACCCUCGUCUUCGAUGACGAUAGCCGACCCCACGCACGGCACUACGUCUCCAAUCGACGAUUCCUCCACGCUCAUCCCAAUCGCCAGAAGGACCCCAUCGUCGAGCUAGGAGCAGCCGCGGGUUUAGUGGUCGCCUUCGACCUGACUUCCAUCCGGACCCUAGAGUGCACCUUCCCCCAAUCUUUCACCGACAUAUCCGCUCUCCAACGCCAUUUGGAUCGCCUAGCCACUCUACUAUCCCGACUGACGUCGAUCGACUCCCUUACGAUCCACUUCGAAGGAGAUCACAAGCGUCGACACACCAACCUAAACCCGCUCUCCGCCGUGCCCGUUCCAGUUGCCGAUGUCAUGAACCGGAUAUUCGACUCGAUUGCGAGAGCUGGCUGCAGAAAGCUUACGUUGUACAACAAGAGCCUACACGCGAAGAAUCAGCCCGAGUUCGAGACGGAGGUGCCUUUCGAGCAGACCGACAGUCUCAUUCGUGCGGUUAUGGCCGCCGCUAAAGAGCGCGAGGAACAACAAGAAGCGGAGAGGGUUGUCCAAAAGAAAGCCAUCUUCAGUAUAGCCCAAGCGAAGCGAGGUCUACGACGAAUCAAAUCCCAUCUUUUUGACUCCUCGAACUCUCCAGAUCCUCCUGUACCUCCGCCAAAGGAAAUGGACAAACUCUACCCCUUUUACCGUCCAUCGUCUACACCUUCCAGUAGUCGACUUGGGAGUCUCCACAUUCAGACACCGUUCGCCCUACUUCCUCGGUGCCUGCCAGCGAUACGAAACCUAAUCCACGCCUCCAAGAAUACACUAACAUCGCUAACACUUUCUCAUAUCAUCUUCCAUCGAGAACUAUUCGCAGCAUGUCUUUCAGCUCUGUGUUUCGACGAAAAGAACGCUAUUACUCAUCUAACCAUCGUCCAUUGCCACAUAAUUUCCACUCAUUCUUUCCUAGACCUGCUAUUCUGUUUUCAAGAUCGUCUAGAGUAUCUCGAAUUCGAUCGCGACGCCGCUGCCUUUAUCGACAGCACACAUUACCGUCAAGAGGACGUCCUACACUUCCACGAGCUUGCGACUCUUAAAGCACCUCUCGACUGGGUCGUCUACUUCCUCAAGGCCGAGCGUCAGAACGCGAGUGACGACGGCCACAUCACCAUUGCUCCUUCAUUACCCAACCUCUCCUCCUUAACCAUUUACUGCCGCUCCCUCGUCGCCACCUACUUCACCUACGAGGCCUAUUAUCCUCUAGUAAAUCCCAUCCUGGAGAAGCUGCACACCCGCUGGGUCGGUUCCUCGCAAUACGCCCUCCACCCACGUGUGGAUGUUACUCUCGAUGUGCACGUCGAUAAGUCCAAGUCGUGGCAGAUGGAAAUUGACCGCGCUGCGUUCAACCUCAUCGUGCCCUAUGCAAGCUCGAGCGGGCGAAGUCGUGACUCCCGACAGGCGCGGCUCGCCGCCUCGCUCGACCCGGCGUCCGCCACCUUAGCGGCCUUCGCGACGCACCGCCGCGCUCCAGAGCAGUGGAUGCUCGUUACCGGGCUGGACGUCUCGCCCACUCUGCCUCCAGCAGACGCCGCUGGCGCAACUCUCCUCACACAAUGGGUGACGACGCUGUUUCCUGGCGUGCGCCAGGUGAGGCUGCAGCCACCAUACAUUCCCCAGUUCCUGCCCCCGGCUGAGUAUAAACGCACUCAGAAGGAAUUCGUGGUAAGGGCUGGGAGGCUGCUCAGGAAUGCGCUGUGCGAGACGCGCAUCGAUAAGGAGCUCCCACUUCCAGCCUGGCGGGCGCUGAAUGUGGGCCAGUGGACUGUUCCGUUGGAUGAUUAA